CUGGAAAUUCUAAUGUUUUACUAUGGGGGAAAACCCCAUUUUAUAUUUUAUUUUCGGUAAAAUCAGCCAUCCAACCAAAAAAAGUAAUUCCUGAGACUCAUACAGUUUAUGGUAUGGAGAGCAUUUUUCUAGUACAUCACAAGUUGAUCCUAACAAAUCUGGCUUAAUUAAUAAUGGAUUAAGCUAAAGUGUCGUAACUGUAUUUUGCAAAGGGCCAACUCAGACAUUUUGUUUUUAAUUUUCAUGUAGGCGCUCACUAUGAUUGAUUGAGGUGUGUUUGACAAGACUGAAAAUUGUUGAAAAGUCGUCACCGUUCUGUUGGUCUUCAUCCCGGCAAACUUGGUCGCUGGUCCGUUCCUGUUGUCUUGCUGUCCCCGCGUAGAGUAGAGAGAAGCAGCCUGGUCGCUGACGCUCGUCCGUGCACUUGCCGUCGCCGCGAGGUGUUUGAAGUAGAAGCCUGGUCGCUGGACGCCGUUCGCUCUGUUCCUGCUGUCCCCGCGUAGAGUAGAGAGAAGCAGCCUGGUCGCUGACGCUCGUCCGUGAACUUGCCGUCGCCGCGAGGUGUUUGAAGUAGAAGCCUGGUCGCUUGACGCUGGAUUCCGGUCGUUUGAAGGAGAAGCCUGGUCGCUGGACGCCGUUCGCUCCGUUCCUGCUGUCUUGCUGUCCCCGCGUAGAGUAUAGAGAAGCAGCCUGGUCGCUAACAAGCCUUUAUUGCGUACGUGCAUUAACUUUCAAGCAGUACGCUCAAGUACCAACAAUCAAGAAGUGAUGGUUCGCACACGUGAGGAGUCAUCUUUUUUUUUGAUUGGAAUUGGAAACCCUGAUUCUCUAACGAAACUUCCAAAACUUCCUACUGUUCGGGAAACAUUGGCGCGGUGCAUGUACCUUGUACAAGAACAACGCAAGGUUGACCAGGCCUGCAGGUCGACGACCGCCGAGCUUCUGGAUACAUGGGAACGGGUGCACAUACCGCUACAACUAAAACAGAACGUUGUUGUAGUGAUCCGGAAGCUGUACGAUGACUGGGUCAAGAUCAAGAAAAACAAGCAAAAAGAAUUAGACCGCAAAAAGAAAUUUUUGGCGAAACUGGACACUCUGCUGGAUAUUUCCAGUCGAAAAGCAGAGACUACGGAUGAUCGUGCCAUGGAGUUUCUGGAGGACCAGAGGGGUAGACGACAAUUUGGCUUAGCAGUGAUGGACGGCUCAGCAUCGAAGCGGAAGUCAGUUGUGAUUGAACCGGAAGCAGAAACAAGCGUUGAACCCACAGGCGACACUUCAAGCACAGAUCCAGACUACGUACCCGAGCCAAAGCGGGUGAAAAUUGAUCAUCACAUCAAGAGCAGCGAAGCAAAGCCAAACGUCCUGACGGAAGACGUUCUAAGUGCUCUGGACAGGAACAAGGUGUCUGACCGUCAGGCGUUCAAGAUCAUCAUGCCUGUGGUAGCUGCUCUUGACGUAGAUGGAUCAACGAUGGCACUGUCUCGCAGCACGAUAACGCGAAGACGGCAAGAGGCUCGUAAAGAGAUCGCGGUUAGAGCCAAAGCAGAGUUCGAUCCUCAAGGGCCCUUGGUCGUUCACUGGGACGGGACGAAGUUGGAGAACGUCGGAAACUCCGCUCAUUCCGAAAGGUUGCCAGUUCUGGUGUCAUGGAGCGACGGAGAAAAGUUGCUUGGAGCUCCUGCUGUUUCCCAUCCAACAGGUUACAUUGAAUGGCACAUUAAUAACCUAAAACUAAUUAUAUUUUAUGAUUAGGCGACCAAGAAUCUCAUGUGGUUUACGACUGUUUGGAAGAAUGGGAUUGCUUAUCGAAGGUUUGCGCAAUGUCCUUCGACACAACGAGCGUCAACACGGGGAAGUUCAAAGGCAAAUUUACAUCUUUUCUGUCAGCUAAUUCUUUGUAAUAAGGCUUUCAUCAACUUUUUAGGAGCUUGCGUCAAGCUAGAGCAGUUGAUGGGCAGAGAGCUUAUGUGGUUAGCAUGCCGUCACCACACGCACGAGCUGAUUUUGGCCAAAGCCUUCUCCGUGUGUUUCGGGCCGUCGACGUCUCCCGAAAUACCGCUUUUUAAGCGGUUCCGGGACAAGUGGGAGGACAUCCCGAAGGAAAGGUUAGCGCCGCUGGUAGUCACCAAGAAGUGGUGUUCCCUCAAGGACACGGUGAUCAGCUACCUGAAAAGCGCAAAUACCUUUCCUAGGGAUGACUACAAGGAGCUGCUUGAGCUGACAUUGGUUGUGUUGGGGGAAACACCUGAAAAAUUUACUUUCAAAAAACCCGGGCCGAUCCAUCAUGCCAGAUGGAUGGCAAAAAUGCUGUACGCCAUCAAGAUCUACCUGCUGCGGGAACAAGGGUGCUUAUUCGAACUGACGCGUGAGGAGGUUAAACAACUGAAAAGGUUCGUGAGGUUUGGUACAUUGUUGUACGUCAAACCGUGGCUGCAAGCUCCACUCGGCGUUGACGCCGCGACGAACGACUUGAAUCUUUGGAACAGCAUCAACGAUUUUCGAAAAACCGAUCCGGAAAUAGCAUGUGCUACCUUAGCCGUACUUGAGCGCCACCUCUGGUACCUUUCAGACGAGCUCGUUGGCUUUUCUCUGUUCUCAGAAAAGGUAUCAGCAGAAGAAAAGCAACGGGUGGUGCAGGCAAUGAAAACUAUUCCCGCGGGUGAACGGUCUGUGCUCGGCGAUCCGGAGCUUUUGAAAACUGGCCGGGCAUCGCUAGCUGAUUUUUCGACGAUGCGAACGGCAUCAAUUUUUGCUAAAUUAUCCAUCGAUGAUUCAUUUACGGAGCGUCCACCAACCGAGUGGGCAGAAAUUGAAGGUUUCAAGGCAGGAUUACGAGUGGUGCAGAACCUGAAGGUCGUGAACGACAUUGCGGAGCGGGGCGUAAAAUUGUGCGAAGAAUAUAACAAAGUGUUCACUAAGAACGAAGCCGAAAACCAACGAGUUCUACAAGUUGUCGAGCUCAACAGAAAGGCCGUCAAAACAGAUUGUACCAAGGCGGAGUUGCUGCAAAAAUUUAAUUGAUUUGUUCACCUGUUCAUUUGUUUAUUGAUUGUUUGUCGUUACUGUUAUUGAUUGUUUCACGAUACUGUUGAUAAAAAUAUUGAUGUUUCAACCGAAUAAACAGCGAUUUAAAAGAAACAAAAACUAUAAAAGAAAGAAAAACUUGACACACUAUCUGUGGGAGAUAUUAUAUGGCAAAAGCAAAUGUGUUCAGUACCAAUUUCUCAAAGUUUCUUAAAGCGAGUUUAGCAUUCUAUAUAUAUUUUUUUUUAAAUUUGCACUUCUAAGCAUUUUUUAAAAAGAGAGGUUAUUCCUUAAUAGCUUUUGUUU